AUGGAUUUGCGGCGAGAAUUCGACAUAAAGCGUGAACCUAACUUUAAAAGCUUUGUACAGGAGCAGUACACACCGAUUUCCCGUUCGCAAUGCACUACUCCGGACUCACAGACCACCUAUUUCGACAACGUCGAGCAUAAACGAAAGCGUUCAAGCGAGGGGAUGAAGGCUAAGGCGCAGUACAAGGCGGCCCUCAAGAUCAAAAGCCGGCUCCAGGACAGAGCGGGCCUCUCCCAGGAGGAGAAGGAAAGGCUAGCCUGGGCAGAGCAAAAGAUCGAGGACGGAAGGCUGCACUUCGCAAACAAACCCUCGAUGGCGUCAACGGGCGGAUUUGCGAACAAGGUGGAGGAGAUGCUUGCCAACAAAAGGCAACGCUCUCAUGAAAAUGAUCGAGUCAGCAAGCGGAAAGGCGGGCCCAUAGAGGCAGGCCCACUCCCCACUAAAGUAGCAAAGAAGCCCAAAAGAAAGGUCAGUGAUGGGGUCAACCGACACCUGAUCGUGGCACUCAUCGACAGAAGCGACGAAAAUGGAAAGAUGUCAGAGGCGCGCUGGAAGAUCGUCCACACCCGACUCGUGGAGUGUCUCUUUGCACGGAUGGAGAAGGCACCCGCAGCCCCUAUGCCCACAUUCGAUGGUGCAGGGUGGUUGAACGGAGUCAAAAUCCUAAAGUGCAACGACGACCUGACCAGGAAGUGGCUGACGCAAACGGUCUGCCAACUGGAGGAGAUGUGGGAGGGGGCCCAUCUGGAGGUGGUGGACAGGGAAUUAAUCCCUUCCAUACCGAAGGCAAAGGUACUCUUUCCCAUCGCAAUCCAAGGGGAUCGGGCGCUGAAGCUGCUUCAAGGGCAGAAUCCAGACGUUCCUACGGCGAAUUGGAAGAUUCUGCACAUGGCCAGCCCACUACCCAAUCAGGGGGGUCAAAGUGUCAUCCUCCAAAUCAACAAGGAGGCGGAGGAUCUGCUCUACCCUCGAUUCGGGAAGAUGGCUUGGGGCAUGGGUAGUGUCUACCUGCGACUCAAAAAGCGCCACCCCGACGACACAGGCGAACACAUCCUGCAGGCAGGCGAGGUGGAGAAGGACCUCGGUCUAGAAAGCAUCAUGGAAGCCGCCCAGGACCCUGAGCUCGACAACUCGGAGGACGAAGAGAAAGGUGACCAGACGUUUAAAGUCAAGACGGAGCCAGCCACCUAUAACACUGAGGAGGCUGCAGCUCAAUCUCCCUAAAACACAACUCGCGUCGGCGGAGCUCCUAAUUGCCCUGGAGCAAGGGCCCGUCGUUAUAGCCUUGGUUCAAGGGCCAUGGAUUGCCUCGGGCAAUGUCGUGGCCGGACUAAGGUCCUCAAACUACAAAAAAUGCAAUCUCUAAACAAAAGAGAAGAACGUUAAGCAGCUACAGUAGCAGCACUAAAAGCGGAAAUCGACAGAGCUCGGCUUUCAGCAGCUGAUCGAUCUCAGCAGCAAUAUCAGCUCUUUUUUUCGUCCUCCUCUCAGUAGCAAUCUUCGAUGGACUACGAGGCGGAGGCGAAAACAAAUACA